GCGAGAGUGGUAGCUGCAGUGAUACUAGAACUGAAUGAACAGGGAGAGAGAGAGAGAGAGAGAGUGAACGAUAACGAUGAAGCUCUCCCUAUUGACGGUGUUCAUUGUAGCAAUAGCAUCGUUAUCUCUUAUUAUUGCUGGUUCAUCAUCAUCUCAAUUCCAGUGGCAGAUCCUCACCAAACACAAUUUCUCUUCUCAGAUCCGUCUCCAUCCUCACCUCCUCCUUCUCGUCACCCUCCCCUGGUCCGGCGAGUCUAGAUCCCUCAUCAACCAACUUUCACUCGCACUCGCCGCCAAGCCGCCGCCGCAGCAGCAACACUUUGCCUCUCUCAAACUCAUGCUCAUGCACAGAAAUACCGAGAAGCUUCUAGCGGAUUCCAUAGGUGCUACUGCUACCCCCGAUGAAACCACACUCUUUUAUUUCCAUUAUUCUGUUUCUUACAAGUACCGUGGAAGACUCAGAGCUCGCAAUAUUCUCUCCUCGUUGUAUCCUUAUAUAUCCCUUGCGCCCGAGGAGGUUCCUCUCGCGGCGCUCAACACUCCUCUGGAUUUCAGAUUAUUUGUUGACUCCACGGAAAGAGCUCUUGUUCUCGUUGACUUUUGUGGAUGGACGCCUAAGUUGCUCGCCAGUGAUAAUAACGGAACGCAAAAUGCUUUCUCCGUGCUUGGGAAUCACCAUGGAAUGGGUUUUAGCAGAGGGAAUAAUAGAAUGCCUGUGUCAAAGGGGAAGACUAACAAGAAGGUGGCUGAGGAGGACACGUGCAAGGCUGAACUCGGUGUUGAUAAAGGGUUUUGUGAAGUUCCUUGGCUGGGGGAGUUUACCUCGUUAAAUUAUGGUCCCUUGGAGGGCUCCAAGGAUAGGAAUCAUCAUGUUCUACAUUCUUGUUCAUCUGAAGAAUUUGAGCGGUUUCAUUCUUUCUACUUGAAAUUCAUGACUGUUGUGAGAGAAUACUUUUUGCCUCCAGAGAAAAAUAGAUUUGGCUUGGUUUCAAGUAGGUCUAUGCUUUCAUCCCUAGGUGUUGGUGAUUAUGGCCCAUGGUUUGCAGUUCACUACCUAGCUGGAUGUUCAAGUUGUUCAAAUAUUCUUAAAGAUGAGGAUGACCUGAAAUAUGUUUUGCAGAUGAAUAAUUAUUUUGUCAAAGAGCUGGAAGGUAAUGGACAUGAUCAAGAGCCCGUUCUACCAGCAAAUAAGCCAUCUGUACUUCUAUUUGUUGAUAGAUCAUCUGACUCCUCAGAAACUAGGGGGAAAAGUAAGGAGGCUCUUAAAGCUUUUAGAGUAUUGGCACAACACUAUCAUCGUGUGAAUCAGACUGGUAACAAGAAUAAUAACAGUCAUGACAAAUUUUCUAUUCGAGAUUAUCAUGGCUUCAAGAGUACAUCUGAACAUCCUAGGUUAAAGUUGUCUAGGCCAGCUCAGAAGAUUAAACUAAAGGAGAAGAUUUCUUCCAUCAUGAUUAUGAAUGAGGGUAAGCAAGUUAGUUUGGACAAUAUUCCUUUGGAUCUUCAAGGGAGUUCUUUGAAUGAUAUAUUGGCUUAUCUUCUCCAGCAAAAGAAGGAUGGAAAACUAAGCUCCCUAGCAAAGGAUUUAGGCUUCCAACUUUUAUCUGAUGAUAUUGAUGUCAGGUUAGCCAAUACACAACAAUCACAUUCAGAAGUUCAGUCAAAUCAAUUUCCAACAGAAACUUCUCAAAAAGGCCAUACAGAUAUUGUGAUGCUGGAUGGAGAUACAUAUAGAUCUGCUGGAGAGCUUGAGGAAAAUCCCAAAUCUACUGAGCUAUCUUCUCGGAAAGAUGAAGUAAAGAGACCUUCUAUUGUCACACAUGAAGAGAUAAAAUCUGUGGAAACUGAAGAAUCGAUUGCAGAUCAUGAACUUUCUACCGCUAAAUUUAUGCUACCAGAAACAGAUGAUUCUUCAGGUGGAAACAAGGAUGAGGGUGAGCAGGCUCAUUUUCUUGGUUUUAAUGGGUUUUUUUUCUAUUCUGAUGGUAAUUAUCAAUUACUUGAAAGACUCACGGGUGGUCGUGGAAUUCCAUCUUUGGUUAUCGUUGAUCCUUUUUGGCAGCAACACUAUGUUUACCCUGAUGAGAAAAGUUUCAACUUUUCUUCACUGUGUGAUUUUCUUUCUGAGUUUCUUAAUGGAACCUUACUUCCAUACCAGCAGUCAGAACAUGUUCUUCAAGGUCAAAGGGAGGCCACCCAUCCUCCAUUUGUUAAUUUGGAUUUUCAUGAGGUGGAUUCUAUACCUCGAAUCAUGGCUCAUACUUUCUCUGAACUUGUUAUUGGUUUUAACCUUUCUAACAAAGAAAAUACUUCUAAUUCAUGGAAUAAAGAUGUCCUGGUCUUGUUUAGCAAUAGCUGGUGCUCAUUUUGCCAAAGAAUGGAAAUGGUUGUUCGUGAAGUAUAUCGGGCCAUCAAGGGCUAUGUGGAUAUGUUAAACAGGGGAUCUCAGAAUGUGAAAGAAAAUUUGAAUCAUGUCAUGAUGAAGCUUCCGGAAAUCUACUUGUUGGACUGUACAUUGAAUGACUGUGAUUUGAUACUGAAGUCUGUAGAUCAGAGGGAAGUUUAUCCUGCUCUGAUUUUAUUUCCAGCAGAAAAGAAGCAGCCUCUUCUUUAUGAAGGAGAUAUGGCUGUAAUUGACGUUAUGAAGUUUGUGGCUGAGCACGGAAGUAACUUCCAUCAACUUAUAAGAGACAAAGUGGCAGUUUUGUGGGUAUCUGAAGGAGCAGUCAAGAAUCAGAACUUACAUGAUACUUUGCAAACUGAUAUCCACCCGGAAUCACUUCAUUCACGUAACAAAUAUCAUGGAGCCCCAGGUCCAGACAGAAUGCUAGACCAGGUGGUCAGACCUAACCUGAUGAAUUCACCUGCAUCAAAUGAACUGCAUGAAGCAUCACCUCACGUGGUUAUUGGUUCAGUGUUAAUUGCCACAGAAAAGCUUUUGGGGGUUCAUCCAUUUGAUGGAUCAAAGAUUCUCAUUGUUGCAGCCAAUCAAGUAACUGGAUUUCAAGGUCUUAUUCUCAACAAACAUAUACAAUGGAGUUUUCUGCCUAAAUUGGAAGAAGGCUUGGAAAAUUUGAAAGAGGCUCCUCUGUCCCUGGGGGGUCCAGUAAUGAAAACUGGAAUGCCUCUUUUAUCCUUAACUAGAACAGUUUCCGGAAAUAAUUUACCUGAAAUCAUCCCUGGAAUUUACUUCCUUGAUCAAGUAACAACAAUUCGUAAAAUUGAGGAGCUGAAGUCAGCAAAUCAACCGGUUGGGGAUUACUGGUUUUUCUUGGGGUAUUCAAGUUGGGGAUGGAACCAGUUAUAUGAUGAGAUGGCGGAAGGAGCUUGGAACUUGAGUGAGGAUGCAACGAGAAAUUUAAAUUGGCCGUGAUUGCCAUUUAUUGUCCAUCUUUACUGUUGUGCUAAUAACAUUUCUUUCAUCCUUCUAAAUGAUAGAAUUAAUUUACUAAGCAUACAGUAGAAAGUAA